AAGUUGCUGACUUCCGGUGAUUUUUGGAAAAGUUGAAAGAUGCCUUUGCCGUUGCAGCAAGGCCUGUUCCAGGCUGCUGUGGAACCCAUGCAAGUGGAUGGCCAAGCUGAGGAAAAUGAAAAUGUUGAAGAACAACAUUACAGUGUGGAGAACACUUCACUAGAUUUGGAAUCCUAUGCAUCCUGUUAUAUUGGAGCAGCUAAGUUAAACCGCUUAGUGUACAUAGCAGAGCACUGUCCCUCCCUCCAGAUAGAGUCGCUGAGAAUGGCUCUGGCUUAUGUGAUGACCACCUAUAACACAAACAUGUACCAGCAAAUACACAGGAAGCUACAGGAGGCUGUAGCCAAUGCCACAGGUUUGCCUGAUGCAAUAGCUGGAGCAGUGACUAAUGUCCCCGGCCUGGAUACCCAGUGGAUAGAAACCACAGCUAAAAAAGCUGCUUUGAAAUUGGAGAAAUUAGACACAGAUCUCAAGAAUUAUAAGAGCAAUUCAAUAAAGGAAAGCAUAAGGCGUGGUCACGAUGACCUAGGAGACCAUUACCUGGAUUGUGGAGACCUGAGCAAUGCCCUCAAGUGCUACUCCAGGGCACGAGAUUACUGUACCAGUCCAAAGCAUGUUGUGAAUAUGUGUCUAAAUGUUAUCAAGGUUAGUGUGUACUUACAAAACUGGUCCCAUGUAUUAAGCUAUGUAAACAAGGCAGAAUCCACCCCGGAAUCAACUGAGCAUGGUAAAGAUGUUCAAGGGAUAAUGACAAAGUUAAAAUGUGCAGCUGGGUUAGCAGACCUAGCCACUAAGAAGUACAAGUCCUCAGCCAAGUAUUUUCUACAAGCCAGUUUUGAUCACUGUGAUUUCGCAGAGUUACUUUCUGCCAAUAAUGUAGCCACAUAUGGUGCCCUGUGUGCUCUAGCCUCCUUUGACAGACAAGAGCUGCAGAAAAAUGUUUUAACUAGCAGUUCAUUUAAACUAUUCUUAGAAUUGGAGCCGCAGUUACGAGACAUCAUUCACCGGUUUUAUGAGUCAAAAUAUGCUUCAUGUUUAAAACUUUUAGGGGAGAUAAAGGAUAAUUUACUACUGGAUAUGUACCUAGCGCCUCAUGUGAACACAUUGUACACACAGAUCAGGAACAGAGCGCUUUGCCAGUAUUUCAGUCCAUAUCUGUCGGCUGAUAUGAGGAAGAUGGCUGAUGCCUUUAACACGACUGUGCCAGCACUGGAAGAUGAGCUGAUGCAGUUGAUCUUGGAUGGACAGAUCAAUGCCAGAAUUGACUCGCACAAUAAGAUUCUGUAUGCAAAAGACAUUGAUCAGAGGAGCACCACCUUUGAGAAAUCUGUCAAAAUGGGACGAGAAUAUCAAAAAAGGACAAAAGCUCUCAUAUUACGGUCAGCCAUGUUGAGAAACCAGAUUCAUGUCAAGAGUCCCCCAAGGGAUGUGGGUCAGGGUGGGGAAAUGUCCAUAGCUCCAGGGAAUGCUUCCCUAGCGCGUAACUGAUGGCCAGGACGUUGGUUUCUGCCAUCUCUGUGGAUUCCAUGUGGACUGUGAUGUGGCAGAAUAGUGCUUGCUGGGAUUGUUACCCAUAAUUCUCUGGCUGCCCAAGACUCCUGCGUAUAGGAACACAUGACAGCAUCAUACCUGGCUCGUGUAUGGGAACACAUUAAGACGAGCAGAUUGUGUCACUUACAUGGUGUUCAGUGGAGAUGGAUGGAUCACCCUGUCCAUUAAUUAGAUGACAGAACUGUGAUAACUUCUGUGACUCGUGUCUGAUGCUCGGACAGUAUAAUGUGAAGCUACCUUACAAGAGCGAGCACCAACCACACAUAGGGAGGCAGAAAGCUCAAAGCAGGGUGAACAUGUGUAUAUUAUUGUCUAAAAUCUACUGGAGGUGUACCCCUGCUGUCAUGUGAUUGGUGGACUUGCAAAGUGGUCCUAACUUGGGAAGCUACCGCCCAUGAGGUGAGAGGUGGCUCUCACGGACUUUUGUUUGGACAGUGCUACAGGUGCAGUGAUAUUGAGCGCUACAGCUACCCAGUUCCUCCUCAUAUUCAGGGUUUAUAUCAAUGUGUGCGUUUGUUCUAUAGUACUCAACUCUCAGCAUUAGCUUCAACAUAACCCACAAUCGCCCACUCCUAGCUUCCAUUAAACAGCUCAGGUGUACACAUGUAGCUACCCUUCCCAUCCGACUGAUAUAUAUACGUCCUCAGUUUUAUAAUCUGGCAGUCUUUUAUCUUUGAAGUUGCCAAUCAUCUUGAUCUCAUUGAGGUGUUUCUGGUACAACCAUUAAACCAGUUCUGCUGAUGUUCCAGUAACGAACACAACUUUCAGCUCAUUGGGGAAACACGUGGUUUUCCUUGUGUCCCUCUUUAGUCAGUUUUCACAGAUGUUCUGAUUGAGGUCAUCUCCUCAUGUAUAAUUAGAAUCAAAAAUAGUGAAACUUGCAUCUUUGGAAAGAUGUUCAUAAUGGUUGGCCCUCAACAACACCCAGUCAGACCCAGCAGAUGUGAAAACCAGGCGUGGUUAGCGUUUUACAUCAUUGCAGGCAAAUGUAGUGUGGACACAAGACCCAUAUCCAUUCCCUUGUGAAGAGGACCAGCCUUGAAAAACAUUUUUUGGAACGUGAAUCAUUUUCAGUUAUACCCUGAUAGAAAAGAUUGUUGAAGUGUAAAAAAAAAAAAGAGAUAAUUUGACUGUAUUUUUGUAAAUACAUGUACAGGGGUGUUUUCAGUUAGGGUUUGGAAUUGUUGAAAACCAGGGGAAUAGAGCUGUGUAAAGUUGUGUAGUGUGGUGGGAGUCUGGUUCAUGUCCUGUACUGUAUAUGUAUCAUUAUGGUCUAUACAUUUGCUGAGUAGUACUAGCGUGCCCUUUUAACCUAGCUGGCCCGUGCACUUAUUACCCAGGUAGUUGAUGCUGACUUCUGCUGGCAUGUCCAGAUCAAUAACCCAGCUCAAUUUUAAUAGAUGGUGUGAAACUGUCAACUGCCUACGGCCAGCGUAGCUUUUGUAUGUUACCAUGUUUACCAUGUCCUGCACGUGACCCGGUGUUCUACCAGCAGUUUUCAUCACAGAAUCCGGUUCUCUUCAAAUUGUUUUGAAGUUAAAAUAAAUGA